AUUGAUGGCAAGUUAAAGUUACGGCGCCAGAUAUGCGUGCGUGCAGUGAGAGAUUUCUUGUCGAGUAAUGCAACUUACUGUUAAGGCGUUUCUCGUGUUACUGGCAGUUGACGUAGCACUGGCAGCCCAGAUCGAUGUGGCUGCUCCCAACUCAUCGGCAACGUUGCUCUCUGCUGACGCCACCCCAACAGUGACUUCUCUCGACGGUAACAACAACCCAGUCCUGGUGCUCCCCCAAAGCGUAGUCAAUGUCACUGCCAAGUUCAAAAAUCAAGCGGUGAAUUCUUCCAACACCUUGCCAACGCCGAGCCCCCGCGCCAACGAUUUCAGCUUGCUCAGUUCAUCGGGUGUCGGCCCCGUGGCAGUAUGGCCAGCCCUCAUCGCUGGGGCGUGCAUUGGGCUGGGGCUCGCGAUCCUUUUCUACGGAUACAAACUGUUUCGACCGACGGUGUUUGUGUCGUCGUUUGCUUUUGGAGCGAUUGUGGGGUACAUGACAGCCGAGCGCGUGUGUGCGCAAACCUCGGGGAGCUUUUACAUCGUGUGCUGGGCCGUGUUCUCCGUGUGUGGGCUGGUCUGCGGCUUAGUAGGGCUAUACGUACUCAGCGUGGGUGUGAUGCUCGUGGGCGGCACGGGCGGCCUCGUGCUGGCAUUCCUGCUCACGACUUCGUUUGGACACAAGUGGUGGCCAAGUUACACCGACGGCAUCUUGUUUAUCUUCAUGGGCGUCCUGAGUCUCGCCUUUGCGAUCGCGUGUUACACUGUUGAGAAGCCCAUGCUGGUGCCAAUGAUGGCGUGGACAGGCGCGGGCGCGGCCAUGUGGGGCGUAGGGUACUUUGCUGGGGGGUAUGCGUGUGCGGACGACUUGUCCGUGUACCGAGUGUCGAACGCGCUUGGCGAAGUGAGCUACACCAUCCCCAACUCGUUUUGGAUAUACCUAUGCGCCACGAUACUCCUGACACUGGUCGGUACGUUUGUGCAGUUUCUCAGCACCGCGUGCUGCGAAAACAACACCCUGUACACGUGGGAAACCCACGGAGACAUUGAAAUGGACGUGCGUCGAACAGCAUACAACCAACAACCGAGGCCGUACGACGGCUACGGCUUCGGUCGCGGAGUGCGCACCGAAGUCAACUACUACCAUCGCCACGACGACCAUACUAAUUAAUAUACAUGCGUACUCAUUUC